AUAAUGAACUGGGUAAGUUAGACGAUUAUGACGAAAAUAUGAUAGAUAAUGAUUCGGAUUUUGAUAGCGAUAAAAAUGAGCAGGUAGAUAGCAAUGAAGCUAUGGAAGUCGAUGAAGUAGUAGAUAGCGAUGAAGUGAUGGAAGUCGAUGAAGUAGUAGAAAUCGAAUAG